UGGCUUUGGUCUCCUCUUCUGUCUCAUUGGUGUCAGAGUGCUCAUUCCAGAAGGAUCCCCACAAUACCAUUCACUGAAUGUCAUGUGGGUUCUAUGACACAUGCAGUCCCUCUCUCAAAGUGAUCCCAGUGACUAUCAGAAUCAACGGGCCAUCUGGAACCAAGAAUCACCCACAACCCAUGGGAGAAACUGCAACUGAGCUCAGCUUCCGGUCUGGUCUCCCUUGUCUGAGGAUGGUCUUGAACUGUGUGACUGGUCCUUUUGCCUCUGGGGCUGUGCCAGUGACUGAACCCAGGGCUCUGUGCAUGUAAGAAAUGAGAAGUAAAAGUAAUGAUACAGCUGUUGCUGCAGGAAUUGCUUCUGGUGUUAGUGUUUGUGUAUAUGCUCCACGGUGCCCCCGUUUGGGUCUUCCGAUUGAACUCAGGUGAAGAGCUCUUAAACUUCAUGUGGAGAUGGCAGCUCCCGAGUUUACCGUCAGUGCCCUGGUGUUUGCGGUGCUCGUUUGUUCUGUGGCUGGUUACCCCAAUGGAAAAGUAGCAAUGUCCUGUGCUGGGAUGACCCCCCAACAUGGCCACAGCCCACAGUCCGAGCCUGUUCACCAAAUCACAGUGAGUCAGAUGAGGUUCAAACCUGGAGACCAGAUCCAAGUCACUUUGUCAGGGCCACAGUUUAGAGGCUUUCUCUUAGAAGCUCGUGAUGCCGAGGAUCUGAGUGGCCCUCCUGUUGGUUCCUUCACACUGAUUGACAGGGAAGUGUCGCAGCUUCUGACUUGUGAAGAUGUACAGGGUUUAGCUGUGAGUCAUACGUCUUCAUCCAAGAAGACAGAAGUUAAAGUCUACUGGAAUGCUCCAAGCAGUGCCCCAAACCACAUACAGUUUCUAGCCACAGUUGUUGAGAAGUAUAAAAUCUACUGGGUGAAGAUUCCUAGUCACGUAAUUUCACAACCAAAUGCUCCUCCCUUCACGACGCCUAAAGCUACAGCACCACCUUUGACAACCUCACCUUCUGCCUCUCAGUUAACCAAGCCAUUCAGUGCUUCCGAGUGUGGGAACAAGAAGUUCUGUGUUAGGAGUCCUUUGAACUGUGACCCAGAGAGUGAGCCUGCCUGUGUCUUCUUGUCCUUCACCAAGGAUGACCCGACGGUGAUGAUUGAGAUGAGUGGUCCCAGCGAAGGCUACCUGUCAUUUGCAUUUUCUCAUGACCGGUGGAUGGGUGAUGAUGAUGCUUACUUGUGCAUUCGAGAAGAUCAGACAGUGUAUAUACGGCCUUCCUAUCUGACAGGGCGAAGUUAUCCUGUGAUGGACUCCACCAGGGGGACUCUUGAGGAUAUGGCCUGGAGGUUGGUGGAUGGCGUCAUACAGUGCUCAUUCAGAAGAAACAUCACCCUUCCUGGGGUUAAGAACAGAUUUGUGUUAAACGAAAGCUACUACAUCUUUCUAGCAGAAGGUGCUGCACACGACGGCCGAAUUUUUAGGCACCAUGAGCAACCUCUGAUGACGUAUGAAAAAUAUGAUGUGACAGGCACUCCAAAGAACGUAGGAGGAUCCCACUCUUCGCCCCUUUUAAAGGCUCAUGGUGCCUUAAUGUUUGUGGCAUGGAUGACCACAGUCAGCAUAGGAGUACUGGUUGCCCGGUUCUUCAGAUCUGUGUGGUCCAAAGCUUUCUUCCUUGGUGAAGCAGUGUGGUUUCAGGUACAUCGGAUGCUCAUGCUCGCUACGUCUGUGCUCACCUGCAUUGCUUUUGUUAUGCCUUUUGUGUACAGAGGAGGCUGGAGUCGGCGUGCAGGCUACCACCCAUACCUUGGUUGCACAGUGAUGACUUUAGCUGUCCUUCAGCCUCUGUUGGCAAUCUUCAGACCACCUUUACACGACCCAAGGAGGCAAGUGUUUAACUGGACUCACUGGAGUGUGGGGACAGCUACUAGAAUAAUAGCAGUGGCCGCAAUGUUCCUAGGAAUGGAUUUACCAGGACUGAGUCUCCCCGGUCCACAGAAGACCUAUGCGAUGAUGGGGUUUGUGGUCUGGCACAUCGGGACAGAGGUGCUUCUGGAGAUACACGCGUAUCGGCUCUCUCGAAAAGUUGAAAUAUUGGACGAUGAUAGAAUUCAGAUCCUUCAGUCACUAACUGUUGCCGAAGCAGAGGGUCAUGUUUUUAAGAAGGCGGUGUUGUCGAUUUACAUAUGUGGAAAUGUGAUUUUCCUCAUGAUAUUCUUAUCUGCAAUCAACCAAGUAUGAGCAAGCGAAGACUUUUUUUGUGGGCCAGGGUCUUAUCGAAACAAGGAGAACUGGAACUUAUGCUGACUACCUGGAGUAUGUUUCAAUUUGAAGACGCUGGGCAUGGCUGGAGAGGAAUUCUGAAGUCUGGUCUAUCCAGAUUAUGUUUGUAACCUGUACGUUGAUGCCAAUCAAGCCUUCACGCGCAUUAGUCUGCAUCUUAAAAGGAACACUGUAUUUGAGGUGAUGUGACUCUCAACAUCCCAUGCCAGAUUUAAAACAGUAAACUAGAAUGAUUAGCACAUGAAGAUAAUUAUCUCAGGCAAAGGAUAAAUGGAGAUUGUAUCUUUGGAGAUGAGACGGGUUUUGUGUAGGCUGGCCUCCAACUAACUGUGUAACUAAGGAUACCCUGAACCUACCUUUCUGCCUCUGCUUCUGGGUGGUGGGAUUACAGGUGCGCACCACUAUGCCUGAUUUUGAGGGUACUGUAACUUUCAUGACAAUGCUGCUGUAAGUCUUGAAGAGAAAAACAUUUAUGUUGACUAGUUUACUUAGAGAUCUUAGAUUUAAAAAAUCUUUUACUACAUUUUGUUGUUUUUGUGAACACACACACACACACACACACACACACACACCCCUCAAACAAAGAAAACCUACAAGAACAAAACAUAUUUUCCAGUCCAGGCUUCGGGACAUUUCCUUUGCUGUGUGUGUUCCAUCACUUCUGGUUAAAGGUGGAGGUGUGGUUGAUUUAUCUCGUUGUACAUUUCAUUAACAUUUAAUUAUACCAUGAGUAUUGUAUUUUCCUUGUUAGCAGUGAAGUGCAAGUAGGCAUCUGCUUAGAGAUAUCUUUCAUUUUUUUCAUCCAUGGAGCUGGAACAUUUUGUUUGUUUCAGCUCUAAGAUUAGUCGUUAUAGGAGAGAGAGAUCAAAGUCAUGAAUUUCACACUUGCUAAAACUCGCCCUUGUGAGCGUGUCCAGCAGGUGUUCUGGUCUCUUGCGAAGAUAAAAUAACAUGGAUGGGUUCCCUUGGAACAUCCCUGGUGCUAAUAAUUCAGUAUGGGUAGUGCUGUUUUCCUUUCUACUCACCAUUUCCAUCCCAACGUUUGCUAUGAGAGCUUGCAACCAGUGGGUGGCGCUGAAAUACCGGGGGACUUGUUUGUUCAUUUUUUUUUUUCUCUCUUUUUUUUUUUUUUUAAUGGAGCUAUUUCCUUACACUCCAAGGCUCUUAACUUUUUUUUUUUCUUUUUGGGUUGGGGUAAUCGGUUCUAGAAACUUAAAUUAGUGACUGGUGCUAUUACAUUCUGACUUAAUUUUUUGUUUUUUUUAAAAAUUAUUUAUGAUUGUUUGAUGUUUUCUUUUAUAUUCCUCAAAC